UUUCAGCGCCUUUUUUUUGGACCAACAAUUUUGUUGGCGAAAAACAAGCGAAGAAUUUGCUAAAGAAAAGUGAGCGGCCGGACACAGAAAGAUAAAACAAGAGAAUGCCUGCCGGCAUUGUUAAGACCCCGAUCAGUGGCCGGGCGAAAGAUGGAGCUGUGGCCAAGUCUGCAGAGAAGACGGCGAGUGGUGGCAAGAAAUUUGUGCAAACGCGUCUGCCCUUCAAGUUGAUAACGCCAGGCGGUGGGGCAGGAACCCCCUCCGCGACAUCCGAUGCCGCCACUGUUACUGUGAUCUUGGAUGAGGAUGAACCUGCCGCUCCUCGCAAACGAAAACUUUCGUACACCGAUGAGACGCCACUGGAGGGCACCGGCAGCUCUGCGGACCAACUGCGCCGUUCGAACAGCAAGGAGAACCUUGAUUUGGGCAGCUCUAUAGCCACCAAGAAGGUCAAGACCACGGAUGCUCUGGCUGAGGAUGUCAUCGAACUGGAUGAUGAUAAUAGCGAUGAAGAAAUGGCUGAUGCUGUGGCGGAGCCGGUCCGGGAAUCUAAGGAGACCAAGACCAAACCCAAAAAGCCAGAGCCCAAGAAGGACUCGUCGACACCCAUACAAAUCAAGCUGCCGUUGGUCAACAAACGAUCCAAACGAAGGAAAUCAUUGAAGAAAACCGAUGAAGCAUUGGACACAUCAGCCAAGGAUGCUAGCAGGACGGGCAGUGAGUCCAGCGAUGAUAUAGAAGCUUUGGCCGAGGAAUUAAACCCUCAAAAGAAACAGAAGGUACAAAAACCCCUGGAGAAAUCCCCAGAAAAGACUCCUAAAGGCAAAAAACAAGAGGAGGAGGUUAAGGAGGAAAAAGAGCCCAAGAAGACUGGCAAGGAGUCCAAAAAAGAAACCCCCAAAACCACAGUGCAAAACAAAAAGAAUGAUCAGUCUACGAUAGAUCUCUUUAUAGCGAAGAAAACGGACACCAGCAAAAAAGAGAAAACAGAAGUUAAGGCUAUGGAAAAGGGCAAGAAGAAAGAUGAAAACGCUGAUGAUUCCAAGACAAAAGAAAUUCUUAAAAAGGAUACACCGAAAGCCUCGGGGAAGCCAAAGAAGGAGGAAUCAAAACCAGUAGAAAAGAGGAAGAAAGAAAUAAAGUCGCAGAAAGAGAAAGAAGACUUACCUGCCGCCAAUAAUCAAAAAGAAACAAGCAGGAAGAGUUCUAACCCACAAGAUGCGGCUAAAUCGCAGAAAAAGGGCGCGACUAAGAAAGAUGAGACGAUCAGUAAGAAACCCGUUGAGAAGGCCAAAAAGCCAGAGCCGUCUAGUGAUGAAAUAUCAGACAAAGAAUCACCCGAAGCUGUUGAAGUCUCUGUGAUCCUCUCGAGCAGCGAAGACAACAGUUCCAGCAGCGAACACGAAAUGGACGUGGACACUGAUAGAGCUUCCGCACAAAAGGAGACACUUCUCCACAGGAAGAGUCUCCCGGAAGCAACUGAUGCGCAGAAGGCACUUACACCCAAGCAGCAACGACUCCUAGAGCAAAGAAAAAAGGCUCGCGAGGAAAAGGAACAAAAACUGGCGGAGGAACGUCGCUUAAAGCAGCAGGAGAAGGAGCAGCGUGAGCAGCAAAAGAAACAGGAACGCGACGAAAAGGAGCAACAGCGAAAGCUGGAGAAGGACCAAAAGGAGCAGCAAAAGAAGAUGGAAAAGGAGGAGAAAGAUCGCAAGCGCCAAGCGGAGGUUGACUCCAAGAACGAGGAGAAGCGUAAGCGGAACGAGGCCAAAGAGGAGGUGCAGCGCAAAAAGGACGAGGAGCGUCGUAAGAAGGAGCAGGAACGCGAGGAGGCAGAGCAAAAGAAGAAGCGUGCCGCCGAGUCCUUCACCAAGUUCUUUGUGCCCAAGCAGCCUAAAGCCGGCUGCGGAUCCAAUAACACAUCCUUUCUGGAGCACGAGCAAAGUAGCUGCGACAGUUCUAAAGUCAGCAGUCAGACACUAGCCUUCCGACCCUUCCAGGUCAAGGAUGACAUGCUCCUGGCACCCGUCGUACGCACCUCGCUCGGCCAGGAGCAGCGAUCCCAGCUAGACGGUCUCUUUAGGCACCGGGACGAGGAAGAUGAUGAUGAUGAGGAGGAGGACAUCAUUAGAAGGAAGCCACCUAAUCGGUCUCAUCUGUAUCUCAGCGAACUGAGCAACGGACGACGGGAACCGCUCAAGAUGCAGCGCGAUGCCAGGCUAGAGAGGCGCACCAAGGAUGAGGAGGAGGACGAUGAUGUUCAAGUGUUAGAUGAUCUGGGUAAUGCCGGUCUUCCCAUCGAAGAGGAGCAGCCCAAGCUGGUAGCCAGAAUGCGGGCCAAGUUUCUGAAGUUUGCGGACAACCGGAGGCCACCGUACUACGGUACCUGGCGCAAGAAGAGCAGCUGCAUAUCUGCUCGUCGACCUCUGGCGCAGGAUAAGGUACACUUCGACUACGAACUGGACUCCGAUUGCGAGUGGGAAGAGGAGGAGCCAGGCGAGUCUCUAAGCGCCAGCGAGGACGAAAAGGAACGCGAGUCGGAGGAGGAAUCCGAAGAGGAGUACAAUGAGUGGUACGUACCCCACGGCCAUCUCAGUGACGAGGAGUUGCAGAACGACGACGAGGAGAUGGACGACGGUCAUACGAGGGAGGCGCAGAAGGCCAAACUGCAAGUGCUGCAGCAGGAGUUUGCUCAGGAGAUGAAGAAACAGACGAAGAAGAUCAAGCCACGUCUCUUAGGGCCCGUUUGGCUGGAUGAGAAUGGCAACAAGUCGCAGCUGUUCCCGGCAAUCUUUGCUCACACCAUCGACAUGUACGCCUGCUGGCAAAUAGAGCCGCUCAGCCUAGAGCCCCCUGCCGAACUGGAGCGUGAGGAUCAGCCGCCAGAGCCUCCAGUGCCGCUGCAGCUAGACGAUUGUCUGAUUCAACAGCUGGUGCGCUUAACCCAUGGCAAUCGGAACUCCAAGAUGUUUCUGAUCAACGAGUAUUUAGAGUACCUGAAAAACCACACUGCUGCCCAGUCUACAACAACGAUCCUGCCCUCGAAGACUGUGCUGCGCGAAAAGAUUGAAGAGCUGGCCAGCUGGAAGACCGUUGAGCUGGGCACACCCGAGGCGGCCGCCAAUGCCAACAGCGCCAAGAAAUCCAAGAAGCCUAAGAAGCGUCUUUGCUGGGUGGUGACCAACGAAAUGCUAGAGAAGUUUCAGCUGACCGAGCUUCCGCUGCAGAACGAAUGGGAAUACACGCUUACGCCCAAGGUCAGCAAAGAAGCGCAGCACGAGCUGAGUCCGCCAGCAGACGCAGAUGCCAAUUCAUCGCUUAAUAUGGCAUCGGGUGCGAGCUCAGCACCCACAACGCCAAUCGGUGGACCGGCUCAAGCAGCACCGGCUAGCAAAAAGCGAGCCACCCUGAUCAUGUCUGUGCCCAGGGAUCAGCCAAUUCCCACGGCCACCAAGAACAAGCUAAUCAGUCAGUUCCUGCGACGCCAGAGCGAUGCCAGCAGUCCCAAGGAGCAAAAGAAUCAGGAGAAGCCACCGCCCGCAGUUAGCGAUGAUGUGGUCUUGCUCUCGGAUUAGGCUUAAGUUAACCCAGCUCCCAGAACUGCUGCCACUGGUUCGUGGGUGUUCUUUUUACUGCUCUAGGCGUGUAUUCAAAAUAUCCAAACAUUAUUUUUUUUUUCGGUAGAUUUGCUCGUAAGUUGAUUUAAUUUUUAGUGUUCGACUUGUAUGUCCUCCUCAGCUAUAGUCCCCAUCCUCAUCAGGGAUAUCCCCCUGUCCAUCAUCCAUCAUCCACUCACUCAUCUGUAGAUUUAUUUAAGAGAGGUUCAGCGAAACAAGUACUCACAAACUGUAAUUAUCUCGGUACGUUUCGAUGGCAUUAAUGAACCAUCUAUACAUAUAUAGUAUAUAUGCAAUAAUACAUUAA